GGGCCGGGCGCGGGGCCCGCCCCCGCGGCGCCGGGAGGAGCGCUAGGCUGACGGACCCGCAGACGGGCUCCGAUCGACUGCGCGGUGGCUGCUGGCGCGAGGCGGAAGACGUGUAGGACGUGAAGGCUGCUGCAGUGAGGGGCCUGAUGGUAGUGCUGUGGGAUUAGCUUCUAGAACGUUCUAGAACAGGCCUGCUGGAGGCAGGUCCCAGCACGUGGCCUGGGCACGGACCGGGUGGGCCCCCAGCUGGCUGGUCCUCUGCGGGACGCUCAGUGCCCUUGGUGGACUUGUGCCUGCGGCGGCCGGAUAUGCAGUGGGGAUGGGAGGCUUCCCAGGAUGGCGACACACACUUCGCUCUUCCCACAGUGAGGAGCAGCUGGUCAUCCCCCAUCUUUCGCUGUCGUAUAUAAAGCCACAAGGAAGACCAGCUCCAGCAAACCUUAAGCAGGACAGGGAUGUGAAGCCCCCAGAACCUGAGAGAAGGGAGGCUUGGGGCAGGAUUUGUGGACUGAGGCGGCAGCCGCCCUGCUUGGCCCCCUUGGCCUGGGUGUGGCGCGGUGGUCAGUUGUUGAGACUCCACUGAGCUGUCCUGGCCUUUGUGGCUCAGCUGAGGGGGCUUGGACCGCCGCCCAGGAUGGCAGAGGGAAGCGCCGAGUGGCCUGAGCUAGAAACAGAAAGCCCGGCGAGGAAGAGGCCCAGACUCGGGCGGUGAGGAGCUGGAGUGCUGGUCAGGACAGGCCAGGCCCUCCACCCUCCGCAGCUGCAGCCCAGCAGCAGGGCGGCCCGGGGCCCAGGCGGCAGGGCCCGCCCUCGGGAAGGCCGUAGGCCGCACAGCCCUCGGGGAGUCCAGGAGAGCCCAAGGAGAAGGCCAGCAGGAGCACCUGCCGCGUACAGCUGAGCCGCCGGCUCCUCCGAAGGGGAGGCCUUCCUGAAGACACAGUCGCCAGGCCCGCUGUACCCUCGGUGCCCCGGCCGCUUAGAGAGCCUCAGCCCCAGACGCUGGGGGCCGGACCCCGGGACUCUGGACACACACCCGCCCGGGCCCCCUGUGGCCACACCUCCUCGUUAGCACCGACCCCAGAAGGCUGGGGGCGUGGGGAGAGAAGGCCCCCGCCAUGGCUGCUCCUAGACCCCACCUGGUCCCCUAAGGCCUGUUAGGUGAGAGGGGCUUUUAGGGCUCACAGGGGCCUCUGCCCCUUGUCCUGGCCUCCCCUUCCCCUCGGCGAGGUGUCAGGGAGCUGCAAUUUCAUUAUCUGGGUCAUUAGCUUCAGACCCUGAACUGAGGCUGGCCGGGUCCAGGACUGCUUCCCACAGGGUGGGCACCCUGACCCCACGAGGGAGGGAGGCCUUGUCCAUUGAGCAGCCGAGGUGCCCGGGCCCUGGGAGGCCGGCUGCAGGUGCCCUCCCUUGCUGCCCUUUCUGCCUGGGGCCCAGGCCCCUCAUGGCUGCCCGGGUCUGGUCACAGUGGGGGGCCUCCUGACCCAGCCUUGCCAGGGGCAGAGGACACCGAGCCUUAGAGAGGGGAUGCCCCCCAGGGCGCCAGUCCAGCCAGCUGCCCCGCCUCUCAGGCCCAGCCUGGCCCCCGCGCUUCCCCGUCCGGUGCCCCCAGCAGCCCCCCGGGCGGGCAGCCCCCGCCAUGGCCGAGCACCUGGAGCUGCUGGCAGAGAUGCCCGUGGUGGGCAGGAUGAGCACACAGGAGCGGCUGAAGCACGCCCAGAAGCGGCGUGCCCAGCAGGUGAAGAUGUGGGCCCAGGCUGAGAAGGAGGCCCAUGGCAGGAGGGGCCGGCGGAAGCAGUCACAGGAGGCGGCAGCCGGCGGCUGGCCGCAGAAGCGGGUCCUCUUCACCCCCAGCGUUGCCCUUCUGGAGGCGGCUGCCCGGAAUGACCUGGAGGAAGUCCGCCAGUUCCUCGAGAGUGGGGUCAGCCCUGACCUGGCCAAUGAGGACGGCCUGACCGCCCUGCAUCAGAGCUGCAUCGAUGACUUCCGGGAGAUGGUGCAGCAGCUCCUGGAGGCUGGGGCCAAGGUCAAUGCCCGUGACAGUGAGUGCUGGACACCCUUGCAUGCCGCGGCCACCUGUGGCCACCUGCACCUGGUGGAGCUGCUCAUUGCUCGUGGGCACCCAGCCUUGUGUUUCGGGCUCUCCUUCAGCUCCUCACAGCGCUCUCCUGACACCCAGGCUCUCUCCCCACCACCUUCCGCUGCCUGGGGCCCCCAGAGUCUUGGCACCCCCUCGUGGCAAGUGGGCCCACUUGGUGCCGACCUCCUGGCAGUCAACACGGAUGGGAACAUGCCCUACGACCUGUGUGACGACGAGCAGACACUGGACUGCCUGGAGACGGCCAUGGCCAGCCGUGGCAUCACCCAGGACAGCAUCGAGCAGGCCCGGGCCUUGCCCGAGCUGCAUAUGCUGGAGGACGUCCGGACCCUGCUGCAGGCGGGGGCAGACCUCAAUGCCCCCCGGGACCACGGGGCUACGCUGCUACACAUCGCCGCGGCCAACGGGUUCGGCGAGGCGGCUGCCCUGCUGCUGGAACACAGGGCCAGCCUGAGCACCAAGGAUCGCGACGGCUGGGAGCCACUGCACGCGGCGGCCUACUGGGGCCAGGUGCACCUGGUGGAGCUGCUCGUGGCACACGGGGCUGACCUGAACGGCAAAUCCCUGAUGGACGAGACGCCUCUCGACGUGUGCGGGGACGAGGAGGUGCGGGCCAAGCUGCUGGAGCUGAAACACAAGCACGACGCACUCCUGCGCGCCCAGGGCCGCCAGCGUUCUCUGCUGCGUCGACGCACCUCUAGCGCCGGCAGCCGGGGGAAGGUGGUGAGGCGGGUGAGCCUGACCCAGCGCACCAGCCUGUACCGCAAGGAGCACGCCCGGGAGGCCAUCGUGUGGCAACAGCCCCCGCCUACCAGCCCCGAGCCGUCUGAGGAGGAUGAGGACCGCCAGACCGAUGCGGAGCUCCGGCGUCCGCCCCCCGAAGAGGAGGACCCAGAGGCGGCCAGGCAGCACAACGGCCGAGUGGGGAGCCCCCCCGGGCGGCACCUCUACUCCAAGCGGCUGGACCGAAGUGUCUCCUACCAGCUGAGCCCCCUGGAGAGCACCACCCCUGACGCCCUGGUCCAGGCCAAGGCCCCCCACACCCUGGCAGAGCUGAAGCGUCAGCGGGCUGCCGCUAAGCUGCAGCGACCCCCGCCCGAGGGGCUCGAGGCCGCUGAGUCUGAACUGCCUGUGGACACCGAGACCCCUCAGCUGGAGUGUGGCUCCGGGGCUGGUGGAGACCCACCCCUGCUCAAACUCACAGCCCCCUCAGAAGAGGCCCGCGUGGAGAAGAGGCCAUGCUGCCUGCUCAUGUGAGGGGCUGGCGCUUGGGGUGCCCAACGUCCCACUGCCAGGCCCAGGGCCCCUGCUCUGCGUACCGCAACGUGCGUCCCGGGCUAGGCUGCCAGCCUCCUCCUUCCUCGGGGACGGACCUGUGGCAGAAGCUGUACCUGGGAAGCACCUGGCUGCGGAGACCUAGUUUCAUUCUGUGACUCUCAAUAAAGGGCCGUUCUGCCA